UUGUGGCUCCUCGUCACCCGAAGAAAGUUCACUUCGCCCCCGGUGUGCGCCGUUUAGCACUCUCAAGAGGAAAAACCAUGGCAGAUUCGCAGGAGGACAAGCUCUUCAAGGCGGAAUACGCCAAGAGCGGCCGCGCUUCGUGCAAGAAAUGUAAAGAAAACAUCGCUCAGAGCUCCCUGAGGCUGGCCAUCAUGGUGCAGUCGCCCAUGUUCGACGGGAAGGUUCCCCACUGGCACCACUUCUCCUGCUUCUGGCAGCGAGCAAACGUCCAGUCCAGCGCUGACAUCGCGGGCUAUUCUCUUCUGCGCUGGGAGGACCAGCAGAAGGUCAAAAAGGCCAUCGAGGGCGGCGGAGCCACAACAGGAAAAGGUGACCAGAAGAGCGGUGCGGGAGGAGGGAAGACACUCAACGACUUUGCAGUGGAAUACGCCAAGUCGAACCGCAGCACGUGCAAAGGCUGUGAGCAGAAAAUAGAAAAGGAUCAGAUCCGCGUGUCCAAGAAGACCGUGGACCCCGAGAAGCCUCAGCUGGGUCUGAUCGACCGCUGGUACCACACGGCGUGCUUCGUGAGCCGCAGGGAGGAGCUGCUCUUCAAGCCCGAGUACAACGGCGCCCAGCUGAAGGGCUUCAACGCGCUGCGGGCGGAAGACAAGGAGGAGAUCAAGAAGAGGCUCCCCGCCGUCAAAUCUGAGGGCAAGCGGAAAUCCGACGACGUGGACGGACCCUCCAAGAAACAGAAGAAAGAGGAAGAGGAGGAACAGAAGAAGCUUGAAGAGCAGCUGAAGGCACAAAGUCAGCUGAUUUGGGGGAUAAAAGACAAACUGAAUAAGUUUUGUUCCGUCAAUGACAUGAAGGAGCUGCUGAUUGCCAACUCGCAGGAGGUUCCCUCUGGAGAGUCCAAUGUGGUGGACAGCCUGGCGGACGGCAUGGCCUUCGGGGCUCUGGAGCCCUGCAAGGCGUGCGCAGGCCAGCUGGUGUUUAAAGGCGAUGCCUACUACUGCACAGGAGAUAUUUCAGCCUGGACAAAGUGCGUGUUCAAGAUCGCAACACCCGUACGCAAAGACUGGGUCAUCCCCAAGGAAUUCCAUGAAGUUUCUUUCCUGAAAAAGUUUAAGUUCAAGCGUCAGGACAGAGUUUACCCCAAAGAAGCUCCGACUCAAACCUUGACUGCAGCCAAAGCCGAACCGCUGGCGAGCGCGUCCAGCGCCCCGACAGAGCGCCUGCCAGAGGCGCCCCCUUCAGGUAAACCUCUCACUGGUAUGAAACUGUUGACUGUGGGCAAACUGACAAAGAACAAAGAUGAGCUGAAGGCCGCCAUCGAGGAGCUCGGAGGGAAGAUUACCGGCACCGCCAACAAAGCGUCUUUAUGCAUCAGCACCAAAAAGGAAGUGGAGAAGCUCAAUAAGAAGAUGGAGGAAGUGAGGGAUGCCGGCGUGCGCGUGGUGGCGGAGGAUUUCCUGGCAGACGUCCAGUCGUCAGACAAACCGGUGCAGGAGCUGAUCUCGCUGCACGCCAUCUCCCCCUGGGGUGCAGAGGUCAAAGCCGAGCCCCAGGCGCCGACCGCCGCGUCCAAAUCUGGAGCGCUGGCAGCCAAAAGCACGGGGAGGGUGAAGGAGGAGGAAGGUGGCAGCAAAGCCAAGAAAAUGAAACUGACGGUGAAAGGUGGCGCUGCUGUGGAUCCAGACUCAGGUCUGGAGAACAGCGCUCACGUCCUGGAGCAGCAUGGGAAGAUGUACAGCGCCACCCUGGGUUUGGUGGACAUCGUGAGAGGAACGAACUCCUACUACAAACUCCAGCUGCUGGAGGACGACGUGCAGAAACAGUACUGGGUGUUCAGGUCAUGGGGCAGAGUGGGCACCACGAUCGGGGGCAACAAGUUGGUCAAAUUCUACGACAAGAACUUCGCCCUGGAUAAUUUCCUCGGCCUUUACAAGGAGAAGACGGGCAACGACUGGGGCUGCUCCGACUUCACCAAAUACCCCAAUAAAUUCUACCCCCUGGAGAUCGACUAUGGACAGGAUGAGGAGGCAGUGAAGAACCUGACAGCCUCCGCCGGCACCAAGUCCAAGCUAGAAAAACCCGUCCAGGAACUGAUCAAGAUGAUCUUCGACGUAGAGAGCAUGAAGAAGGCCAUGGUGGAGUUUGAGAUUGACCUCCAGAAAAUGCCGCUGGGAAAGCUGAGCAAAAGACAAAUCCAGAGUGCUUACGCUCUGCUCACUGAAGUACAGCAGGCCGUGUCAGAUUGCGUGGCCGAAGCACAGAUCCUGGAUCUCUCCAAUCGCUUCUACACUCUGAUACCUCAUGACUUCGGCAUGAAGAAACCUCCACUACUCAACACGCUGGACUACAUCCAGGCUAAAGUACAGAUGUUGGACAACUUGUUGGACAUCGAAGUGGCGUACAGCCUGCUGAGAGGAGGAGCCCUCGACGACAAGAACGACCCCAUCGACAUCAACUACGAGAAACUGAAAACCAAGAUCGAGGUUGUUGACAAGACUUCCCAUGAGGCUGAGGUCAUCCAGCAGUACGUCAAAAACACCCACGCCGCUACGCACAACACGUACACACUGGAAGUACAAGAAAUCUUUAAGAUCGUGCGGGAGGGAGAGCAUCAGCGGUACCGUCCGUUCGAGGAGCUCCACAAUCGCCAGCUGCUGUGGCACGGCUCCCGCACCACAAACUACGCUGGUAUCCUGUCUCAGGGUCUCCGCAUCGCCCCGCCGGAGGCCCCAGUGACUGGUUACAUGUUCGGUAAAGGUGUCUACUUUGCCGACAUGGUGUCCAAGAGUGCCAACUACUGUCACACCUCCCAGUCCGACCCUGUGGGCCUUUUACUGCUGGCCGAGGUCGCCCUGGGUAACAUGCACGAGCUGAAGAAGGCUUCUCACAUCACAAAACUACCUAAAGGCAAACACAGUGUUAAAGGUUUGGGUCGAACCGCUCCUGAUCCAAACGCCUCCGUCACUUUAGACGGGGUGCAGGUUCCUCUGGGAAAAGGAGUCCACACUAACAUCGAUGACACCAGUCUGCUCUACAAUGAGUACAUUGUGUAUGAUGUGGCCCAAAUCAAUAUGAAGUAUCUCUUGAAGAUCAAGUUCAACUACCAGACAUCGCUGUGGUGAAAGAGGCUGUGUCCGAACCAGCUUCCAAGAACCGAGACAAGCAAAGACCUGUGCUGCCUCCAAAUACCUGGGCUUACAUUCUCUGAAAAAUAUAAAGGUUUGGUGAUGUAGUGAUGACGUACCACACUUUGCAAUGGACAUUGAAAAUCUGACGUCACUUUAUCGCAUUCUUGAUCAGGUUUAGUAAUAGGAGCUAGUUUUCCUUGCUUAAUACAUUUGAUUGGUGAUUAAAAAAGUACUUCUGACUCUUUCAGAUGCCUGAAAGUUACAGCUCUUUACAGUUUUCCCACUUCAUACUUCAAUCUUUAAUCAAGGUUUGGGGAUAAACUCCAGAAAGUAUGAGUAGCUUUACGUAUUUUUUUUUUGUUCUUUAUCCUGUAGGUCCUAAGGCUUAGUAUUUCAAGUUUAGAAUGUGCAAGUGUUUCUAUCCUGCCAGGUCGGUGAGACCAUACUGUAAACGGUUUGACAUGUACAUAUUUGUUUUUGUUGUUUCUAUCUCAGUCUUCCCUUGCUUAAACAAAAAAAAAAAAGAAGAAGAAAAAAGUCAAGUGUGCAGAGUUUUCUGUUAAGGACGCAAUUACAUUGAAAUGC